AUGUUACCUUGCUCUGAUGAUGUCCGUCAUAUGACGCACGAAAGCUUAGCACCUUUUCACCGGAAUCUAAAGAGAUUGCCUCGGAAACAGCGUCAGUAUGAAUCUGUCAGUAAAGCCAAUGGACAGCUGGUCAAGAGGAAUCGGCCGUUUUCUUCUGGUGGAACCGACCUUGGAAUAUCUUCACCGCACACUUCCACUCGAAAUGGAAACCUCAUAACCCCCUACCAUUGUAUUGGCGACGUUGACCAGAACUGGCCAUAUUAUUCCGCAAUCCUCUUCCUAUUCGUCCUAUCAGAGCCUCUCUCUUGCCCCGUAGCAUUCGUGGGCUAUCUCUCCGGUUCAGGUAUUUCACUCAGACACAGAAACGUCUUCUGUGCUACUCGAGGCGUUAUUUCCUACACUCUGUCUUAUGCCUCGUUGAGUAGGCCGACAAACUCUAGAUUCUAA